CUGUGAGGUCCCGUUAUCUGAUCCUUAAUUCUCUCUCAAGUGCCAAUCUUUACAUAUCAAUGAGGAAAGCGUUCCUCUCUCUGCCUCCCAAAGUGGACGGGUUCAAGAAAAGAAUUAUUGAGCAAAACAGAAACUCCAAGGAAUUAACUGUACAAAGUACUAAACCCAAGUCGGUAUUUUACAACCUCGGGAAGUUACAUCAGUGAAAGAAACUCGGUAAUUGAGGAAUAUUUGUGAUGCAUUCUGUCUCUUUAUUAUUAUGUGCUUUCUUCUUUUACCUCUUAGUGUAGGUGAAGAUAAAUAGGGGGCGAGAGAGGGAGGGAGAGAGAGAGAGAGAUCUUGCAGAUUAUCAGUGCAGUAGAGAGAGAGGGGGGGGGAUGGGAAGAGGAAGAGUAGUUCUGGAGAGGAUAGAGAACAAGAUCAACAGGCAAGUGACGUUCUCCAAGAGAAGGAAUGGAUUGCUGAAGAAAGCGUACGAGCUUUCAGUGUUGUGCGAUGCUGAGGUCGCUCUUAUUAUCUUUUCCAGCCGUGGCAAGCUUUACCAGUACAGCAGUUCUGACCUAAACGGAACCAUAGAGCGGUAUCGUCAAUGUUUUUACAUUUCACAACAUCACGACCAUCUCGAACAUGAAUCUCAGAACUUGUACCAGGAGCUUUUGAGAUUAAAAGUCAAGCAUGAAUCUCUUGAGAGGACACAAAGGCAUUUGCUUGGAGAAGAUCUUGAGCCACUAAACAUGAAGGAAUUGCAUAGUCUUGAGAAACAACUCGACAGAACGCUAACACAAGCACGACAGCGCAAGACCCAGAAGAUGAUGGAAAGAGUCGAUGAGUUACGCAAAAAGGAACACGAAAUAGAGGAGGCUAACAAACAGCUCAAGCACAAGCUUCAAGAAAUAUAUGAACGUAGCCAAACCGUGGAAGAUCUUGAAGUCCAAGGAUCAGGGACAAAUCACAGCACCUUACAAAUAUGGGAUGGGCAGAAGGAAGGAAGUUCAAAAGGAAAAGCGAUUGACACGAGGACACAGGGCGGCCAGAUCAUUCAUGACCACAACCACAAUCACAACAAUGGAUGGCUGAUUUGAAUUUGAAACUUGAUAAACUCAAGUUUGGAGUUGCUCUUAAAUUAAUACAUAUCUACAUAUACAUACAUACAGACAUACAUACAUACAUACAUAUAUAUAUAUAUAUAUAUAUUCUUCAACUAUAUAUAAUUUGCUCCUUAAUUUAGAAGCAUGUAUACUUGUGAAAUGUCCAUAAGCGACACACAAUUAGGGUUCUGUGGUUAUGAUACUAUUAUAUAUAGCUGCAUGAGUUUUAAACAAUCAAUAAACCAGUGCAUGCAUGCUACAUGGUAUUUGUGUAACUACAUGAGUGUGUGCCUCUUAAGGCAGAAACAAAACCAAUGAAGCAUCAUCUUAACUUUUUUGGAAUAACGAUGAUUGGAGAUAAAUUUUAUUCUACUCUCUAUUUAUUUUGUUAAUUUAUGGA